UGUGUUUAUAACCUUCAUAAUGCUGCUUUCAAUCUUAUCCUCAUUGUGUACUUUGUUCAUAGUUUUUUUUUUUUUUCCUAAUACACAUUUUACCAAUAAUAGUAUCAGAGAUGUGCCAUCCAAAAUCCACAUGUAAGCUUAUAAGAGAACAUAAACUUGAAAUGAGUGGCAAUGCAAAGGCCAAAGAAUUCUUCAUUUUGAUGAUUUGCUUUGAGAGUAUUCCAGAUAGAUUCCUGAAGCCACUUUCCAAAUUAUCAUUCACCCACUUUAUUCUCUUUUUCUAGCCUUUUAUUUACCCCGUCAACCUUCCUCUUUGAGCCAUUAUUCAUUGCAGCUCUUCAUUUGUGCUCAGGCAAAAUGAUUACAACUAACUCUACUGCAAAACCACUUUUCCUUCUUGGCUAUAUUUGUUCUCUUCUUUCCUUCGGUCAUUACUGUUAUCCCCAGAAAACCUGCCCAAACUGUGGCUCCAUAGAAGUUCCAUAUCCUCUUAGCACAAACCCCAAUUGUGGUGAUCCAAACUAUCGUCUUCGUUGUGAUCCCCAAUCUCAGAAACUUUAUUUUGAUACCUUGAAUGGAAGUUCUUACCUUGUACUCAGAAUCAUGGCCUCAUUUCAGCGCAUGGUUGUGCAACCAUCACCAUGGGUGUCUGGCACAUGUGUUACUCAAGACAUGCUGGUGAGUGAGGGCCUUUGGUUAAACCAGACACUCCCUUUCAAUGUCACAACAUCCAACACAAUCUUCCUCUUCAACUGUUCACCUCGGCUCUUUGUCUCUCCUCUCAAUUGCACUCCUUCUAGUCUUUGUCACAGUUUCUUGGAAAGCUCUGGACACGUCAACAAAAAUCGAUCACUUCAGUGUUCCAGCAGUCUCAACCCCUGCUGCACCUUCAUCGCUGGUGGAAUGCCCUCGGCUUACAAGAUAAGGCUUCAUAGUUCGGGUUGUAAAGCAUUCAGAAGCAUCCUUAAUUUGGAUCCUGAAAGGCCCGUAAGUCAAUGGGAAGAGGGACUGGAAAUUCAAUGGGCUUCUCCCCUUGAACCAAUUUGUAAAACACAGCUUGAUUGUUCUGGAGCUUCCAAGUGUUUACCUGCUGGUACAAACAGCCUCUUUCGUUGCCUCUGCAAUAAGGGCUACCACUGGGAUCAUGGUCAUGGUAGUUGCCAAAAAAAGAAAAGCAGCAGGAAGGCUAGCCUCGGUUUAAAGGUCUCCAUAGGGGUAGUCUCCUUUCUUUCUCUAGCUGCAGUAAUGGGUGUGGUUAUUUUACGCAAGUCCACACAUGCUACCCAAGCAAAGCUCGCAAGAGCAAGAGAAGACAUGUUGAAAUCAAGCAAUGUUGGGAAAACUGCAAGGAUGUUCCAGUUGAAAGACAUAAAGAAAGCAACAAACAGUUUCUCUAAAGACAGGUUUUUGGGGAGUGGUGGUUUCGGAGAAGUCUACAAGGGUGAGCUUCAAGAUGGAACUGUGGUGGCUAUUAAGUUAGCUAAAGUUGGUAAUGUCAAAAGCACCCAACAAGUACUCAAUGAAGUUGGAAUACUUUCUCAAAUCAAUCACAAGAACUUGGUUAAACUCUUGGGUUGUUGCAUAGAAGGUGAGGAGCCUUUGAUGAUCUAUGAGUACAUUUCUAAUGGGACACUACAUGAACUUUUACAUGGAAACUCUUCAACCUUUCUGGAUUGGAGAACAAGGCUGAGAAUUGCUCUGCAAACUGCUGAAGCAUUGGCUUAUUUGCAUUCAGGAGUAUACACUCCCAUUUACCACAGAGAUGUUAAGUCAUCAAAUAUACUACUAGAUGAUGACUUCAACGCUAAAGUUGCAGAUUUUGGGCUCUCCAGACUAGCUCGCCCAGGGCUGAGCCAUGUGUCAACCUGUGCUCAAGGAACAUUAGGGUACCUGGAUCCUGAAUAUUACCGCAACUAUCAGUUAACUGAUAAAAGUGAUGUUUAUAGUUAUGGAGUCAUGUUGCUUGAGCUUUUGACUUCACAAAAAGCCAUCGACUUCUCACGAGAUCAAGACGAUGUCAAUUUAGCCAUUUAUGUGAGCCAACAAGCAAAAAAUGGUACAAUCAUGGAAGUCACAGAUCAGCGGCUGCUGGGUAAACAUCCCUCAGGGAAUAUACUAACAAGCAUAAAACUGUUCUCAGAGCUAGCCUUUGCUUGUCUGCGGGAGAGGAAGGCAGAUAGGCCCAGCAUGAAAGAUGUGGUUCAACAACUUGAAUGCAUAGUUGAAAUAGUAAAUCAGGAAAACGUCUUGAAUGAGGUUAGUAGUGACAGUAUAUGAACGACUUAUGAUGCUUUUUAGAGUAAUUGACUACUAAAAUAUUUUGUUAUUGACGUUUAUGGUCUUUGAAUAUUCAAAUAACAAAGUAGAAGGUUUGGAUGUGGAAAGGUGGUUGAAAUAAUGGACAAUAGAAGCUAAAGUGAUUCCAAGGAUAGAUGUGAGUGGAUGGAAAGACAUGGAGGAAAAGAAUGGGAUCAGAAUCAGAUGCUUAAUUUGUGCAAAAAGUAUGAAAUGAUCCAAAAGACUACGAAUUUCUGGCAUGGGGUAAUUGGAAUCUGUUGGAAUGUAUAAGAAUCGCUAGCUGUGAAGAAAAAGCAGUCCAUCUUUUUUAAACAGGAAAAGCAAUUCCAUAUAGAAGUAUGAAUUUCAUUUAGACUUGUCAUACUAGAUAAGCAUUGCUUGAUUUUUGUUUUCUGGUGUUUUUUUUUCCUUGUGCAAUAUGUACUAAGCUGUUAUAUGUGUGUGUACGCAUAUGCGUAUAUUUAUAUAUUACAUAAAUAAUGCAGAUCAACAUCGACGAGCACUUACUAUGAUUGUUAUAGCAUAUUCU